GUGGGCUAGUAGCUGGAGUCUCUGGGAUUGCUUGUAACUCACAACCUGGCGUAUCUCUGCUCCAGCUCCUGGGAACAGCCUCUGCUUGGUGAUAAGCAACAGCUGUGCAAAGGACCAAUUCUUGUGGGGGCUUUGUUUCUCUGUAAAAACACUUGUGGUUUUAUCAGAAUUUCUUCCCCAUCUUUAGGAAUGAAUUUUUGAAUAGUACAGAAUCUUGCAUGUCCCACCUCUUCAGUCAUCACCCAUCAUCGCUUGCCUGGACUAGUGGGGCUCCCACCCUCACCACACACACCCCAGUCUGUUCACCCCACAGCAGCCAGAGGGUGCCUGUGAACACCUUAGUCAUGUCCUGUCCAUCCUCUGUUCAGAACCCUCUGUGGCUCCCACCUCACUCAGAGCAAAAAUUCAGUGUCCUCCCCAUGGCACAUAAGCCCUGCUCUCCUAUCCCUCCUUGUCCUCAUCACCCUCCCCCCGACUUUUUCCCUUGUUCACCCUGUUCUAGCCACACUAGCCUCCUCCAUGUUUUCCAAACACACCAGGUAUGGUCCUGCCUCAGGGCCUUUGCACUUGCUGUUUUCGCUGCCUGGAACAUCUUUCCCCAGAUAUCCUCAUGGCUCCUUCCUCACCUGCUGCAGAGUUGUGCUUACUGGACCUCAAGACCCUCUUCCAAAGCCCAGAGGAAGGCUGGCAGCUGUACACAUCGGCCCAGGCUCCGGAUGGAAAAUGCAUCUGCACGGCCGUGAUCCCUGCGCAGAGCACCUGCUCCCGCGAUGGCCGGAGCCAGGAGCUGCGGCAGCUGAUGGAGAAGGUUCAGAACGUCUCCCAGUCCAUGGAGGUCCUUGAGUUGCGGACGUACCGUGACCUCCAGUACGUGCGCAGCAUGGAGACCCUCAUGCGGAGCCUGGAUGCUCGGCUCCGGGUGGCCGACGGGUCCCUCUCGGCCAAGAGUUUCCAGGAGCUGAAGGACAGGAUGACGGAGCUGUUACCCCUGAGCUCGGUUCUGGAGCAGUACAAGGCAGACACGCGGACCAUCGUGCGCCUGCGGGAGGAGGUGAGGAAUCUCUCCGGCAGCCUUGCAGCCAUCCAGGAGGAGAUGGGUGCCUACGGGUAUGAGGACCUGCAGCAGCGGGUGAUGGCUCUGGAGGCCCGGCUCCACGCCUGCGCCCAGAAGCUGGGCUGUGGGAAGCUGACUGGGGUCAGUAACCCCAUCACCAUUCGGGCCAUGGGGUCCCGCUUCGGCUCCUGGAUGACCGACACGAUGGCCCCAAGUACGGACAGCCGGGUCUGGUAUAUGGAUGGAUAUUACAAGGGCCGGCGGGUCCUGGAGUUCCGCACCCUGGGAGACUUCAUCAAAGGCCAGAACUUUAUCCAGCACCUGCUGCCCCAGCCGUGGGCGGGCACGGGCCACGUGGUGUACAACGGCUCCCUGUUCUACAACAAGUACCAGAGCAACGUGGUGGUCAAGUACCACUUCCGCUCGCGGUCCGUGCUGGUGCAGCGGAGCCUCCCGGGGGCCGGCUACAACAACACCUUCCCCUACUCCUGGGGCGGCUUCUCGGACAUGGACUUCAUGGUGGACGAGAGCGGGCUCUGGGCCGUGUACACCACCAACCAGAACGCGGGCAACAUCGUGGUCAGCCGGCUGGACCCGCACACCCUCGAGGUCCUGCGCUCCUGGGACACCGGCUACCCCAAGCGCAGCGCCGGCGAGGCCUUCAUGAUCUGCGGCGUGCUCUACGUGACCAACUCGCACCUGGCCGGGGCCAAGGUCUACUUCGCCUACUUCACCAACACGUCCAGCUACGAGUACACGGACGUGCCCUUCCACAACCAGUACUCCCACAUCUCCAUGCUGGAUUACAACCCCCGGGAGCGGGCCCUCUACACCUGGAACAACGGCCACCAGGUGCUCUACAACGUCACCCUCUUCCACGUCAUCAGCACCGCCGGGGACCCCUAGGGGCUGCCGUGGCCCAGGCUGCCUGCCACAUGAGGGCCGCCGGGGGCCCUUUCUACUCUGCCUGUGUCCCUUCGAGUUUCUCUUUCCGUCUGUGGUGCCCUCUCUCUCCCUCCUCGCUCCUCCUGUACUAUUUUUUUCUCUCCUCCUUUGUGCCGAGCUUUCGUUCUCUGCCUCUGUAUUUCUAUCAGUGCAUUUUCUCAACUCCUUUACUGAGCUCUGAUUUUGAUACUUCACUCUGUCCUUCUGCCUUUUUAUUGUCCCUCUGCCUCCUUCUUUUUAUUGAUCUGACUCUCCAGCUCUCUGUCCCUCUCUCUGCCUGUCUCUCUUCCCUCUCUCCCCUCUUUGCAUCCCACCCAGUCCCUCUCCUCCUCGCUCCACGUCUCCUCCUGCCCACCCAAGGAGUUGAGUGCAUGAAUCUUACUUUCUUUUUUAUUUCCACUUUUUCUCUCCGGGGGGCCGGAAUAAAUGGGACCUUUGACAUUUGA